AUGUUUCCAUCGACUCUUAAGUCCAUCAAGUUUGGCGAUGAUUUCAAUACGACCAUUAAGGUCGGUGUGUUUCCAGAGGGUUUGGAGCGUUUGGAGUUUGGUGAUAACUUUGAUUCGCAAAUUGAAAAAGGUGCGCUUCCACACUCGCUAAAGACACUGGUGUUCAACAAGGUAUUCGACCAGUCGCUGGACGGCGUUAUUCCGCCGGCACUCGAAGAGUUGACACUCUCAGAGUACUACGAUCAGGCGAUCAAAGCCGAGGAUAUUGCAUCGGUGACAAAGCUGAAUAUCGUAUUCCAGUUUGACCCAAUACACGUGCUACCAAAGAAAACCAACAUUCAAAAGAUUCAGGCGAUCAACGGAGACACCAUCGAUAUACGACGACUGAGUCACGACCAGCUCCUAGUCAUGAGAAACAAUAUGCAAGGUGCAAUCCUAAAGGAGAGUAGCUUAGCUCAUUUCAUCUUCCAGUUCAAUGGUUUCAAAGGUGAUGACUUUGAAUAUGAUGACGAAGAAAACGAUGAAGACGAUGAAGACGACGAAGAUGGCGAUGACGACGAUGAUCUAUACUCUGACAGUGACGAUCAUUUCCAUGAUCAUCAUGAUGUUUACUUUUUCAAUGAGGAUGACGAUGAUGAUGAUGAUGAUGAUGAAUUUUAUGAUGAAGAUGAGGAAGAAGAUGAAGAUGAAGAUGAUUUAUAUGGUUCAGAUUCGGAAGAGCAUGAUGAUAGUGAUUUAGUUUACCCAGGAGAUUAUGAUUCAGAUGUAGAAGAAGAUAGCUCAGAUUUUUGA